AUGGCGAUGCUAUCGGAUCCUGACCAGCGAGGGGCGACUCUCAACCUCCUACGAGGACCUCCAGGUACUUCUUCAUAUGCCGGCAGCGAGGCUUCAGUAGAAACUGCAACCGCUAGUUUUGCUACCGAUUCAACUAUCGGCGACUACUUCCGAGAAUCUUCUACUUUUUCUCAAUUCAAUUCGUCAUCUCCAAUUCAUGCUCAAGUUCCAAGAGAACCAGGGAACACUCUCCCAUCAAAUCCUUCUACAAAUACACCCCUCCCUCUUCUUCAGAUGACGGGAGGUGAUACUCUCAUCUUCAUAAGUCCACCACCAUCUACUAUCACUCCAGAUAUAGCUUCCAGGAGAUUUGGACGAUCUAAUACACCGUUGAGAGUCCGUUCGGAUACACUUCUCUCUACAGGGUCCCAGGUCUUCGUUCAGCUACUCAGUCCUUCCAUGCAAAAUCGUCAUAUCACCCGUCUAGUCAAGCAAAAAAAAAUAUUUCUAAAUGAUGGCAAGCUACCCCUUGGCGUUCAAUAUGUCCUUGACCUGACACCCGAGGACGAAGGAGAGAAGGCUGUCGAAUGGCAAGAAAAACUUUGGUGUCCCGAUGUUGUCCUUCGAUGGAAAUCCAACCUAGUCGACUAUUUUGAGGUCCCACCAGUCACAAAUGAAGAUAUGAUAGCCAGGAACCUAGAAGAAUUCCGUCAGAAGGCAUGGGGAGACAAAAUGCCAGCAAUCGAAGGAGAAGAUGGUUCUCCAACGCAGCCAUUAAUCCCUCCUCCUCCACCACCCAAAAAGGAAUGUCUCCCGGAGCCAUACUCCUUCGGACGUCAUGUUUUAGCAUUGGAGCGUUUGAUUCACAUUAUCCAUGGUAGCGAUCCUCUCGUCCAGACAACCGUAGAUUGGUAUACUCUCCACUGCCUUUCUGUGGCUUUCGGAACUACAGAUGCGACUAGAGAUUACGUCGCUCGAUGGAUUUUCUCGAACUCUCUCAUGAUCGAAACACACCCAGCUUUCAUCAUCAGAAUAGCUGCGGAAGCCGGAUUGGCUACUAUUGCCUCUGACGCCUUUGCAGCAGCUGCCAUGCGUGCUUCAUUCGAUCCAGAAGAAACGGCACAAGUCCCUGGAGCAACAGAAGCAGCUAUUUCCCUUCUCACUCGGGCACAAAAUGAGCUCAAGAAUAUUUUGAGCAUGGACUGGAUCGAUCAGUAUCUUCCUCCAACCUCAGAAGCUGAUAAAAGCUUCUUUGAAACCUUCCGGUUGUCUUUAAGAAGCUAUAUAUCCAGACGUAUGAAACAGUUGGGCAAUCUAGAGCUUGUUGGUAUAACUGAUGGGGAGCUCGAAGACAGAGCUGUUCAAAGGAUUACAUGGGUGAAUUUAGGUGAAACGAGCCUUGCUAGCGAUAACUCAAGCUUAGCGCCUUCAACCGUCGACACGCCGGCCCGAUUCGACCUGGAACAGGCAAUCCGUAAUUGGGGUCAAUGGGAAGCAUCUGGCGAAGGAGCUAGCCAUGAAGUUGACGACCUAUGGAGGGAUGUCAAAUCAGGAGCUCCCCACUAUCCAAUACCAUCCGUCACUCAACAAACCUCAACGCAAGAAAGCGGAAUCCACCUUGGAGUCAUGAGCUAUGAGGAUGAUGCAACCAGCGAGGUCAUUAGCAAUAACGGAACGGAACUUGCAAGCCAAGAUGAUGACGUCAAAAGCAUUAGCAGCACUCACACCAUCAACAUAGCCAUGGGUGCCCUUAAGACUGAAAACGAUAACUCCAUCUUCCACGAUUCCUCUCAAACUUUAGUUGAACCUCAAGCCUCUGUCGACCCUUUCCAAACUGGUCCCUCCAACUAUGAUGCAGCACCAAUUGCUUCAACUCAACCCUUACGGGACAUCCUCGAUGUCCAAUCACAAUCAACUAUCGGAAUCAAAACGGAAGAUAAAGAUGAGAAGUUUUAUCAGUCAGGUUAUCUGACUCCACCAAUAGCAAUCAAGCCAAUCAUCAAAACCUCCACCCCACUGACCCCCCUCCAAAGCUCCGAUGCAGAGACCCCACUAUGGCUCCAGGAGCAACUGAUCACCCUGAACAAGCAGAAUAGCCCUGCCCACUUCUGGGCAGUCAUGCACCACCCAUCCCAUGACAUCAAUAGGCCUGCAGAACCCCGUAUCCGCUGCGCGGACUGCCCAGACAUGUUAUACUUCCCAGGUCCCGGUGCGACAUUAGAAAACUUUCGAGUACACCUUCGCAAUAUCAAACACUUGAGUAGGGUCGAAGCACGAAAACACCACGAAAAUGCAUAUGCACAACUCUCCGACUACGGAACAGAGCCUUAUAGAAAAACCGGUUCGUUCGAACAAUCAAAAGUCGAAAUUGAGAUCCCAUUCAGUCUCCUCAAUAUCAUUCGACUCUGUGAAACAUAUAUUAAGAGUAAAUGUGCAGAGAUGGCCGCCCGCAACAUUGUCUUCGAACCCAUUAUUCUCGAAGAGCAACUUGCCUGUUUGGAGGAUCCAGAAAGAGCAUUUAUGCCGGUUUGGUCUGGCGGCGAAGCUGUGGGUGGCACUAAGGGUGUACCGCAUCGUGGUAUUUCAGACCAAUCGGCAAACGAUGAUAUGAGCGUCAAUGUUAGCACCGUCGGCGUCGGAAGCGUCUGUACAGCUUCUACAUUUUCGACCACAGGCAGUUAUGUUGAUAUCGAGACACCUAGUGCUAGUAGCAGCGGCAGUGUCAUCAGUUUAUCCGAGAGCGGUGAUGACGAUGACGCGGCUAUGUCUGCUCCGGGUGAAGGAGACGAUUGGGUUAUGUCUGAUGGUGAUGAUGAGGAUUUCGAAGUUGACGAUGAUGUUUAUUUCUCUUAA